ACUUUGUUAAAUAUAUCAUCGUUGGUUCGGUGACCCAGCUUGUCUGCGAUAUCAAUAUUGUUGAUAAUUGAGUGACAUUGGAAAAGUUUCAAUUUAUAUAAUUAUCGGUUCUACGGGCUCUUAUCAAAUUGGUUAUGUUUACUGGGAGUAAUCCUAGUUCUUGACUUUGAAGUUUGCUAGUUGCAAUUUUGACUGUGGCGAAGAUGUUUCUCUCUCGAAUUUACACAAUUUUCGUACUAGUUUCCAUAGGAAGUCAAAGAUCAAAUGCCAAUCCACCCGACCGUUUUCAAUUUGAAGCUGAGUCAAUAGAUCUGCUAUCCAAGCUACUUGAUGAGUCAUGCAGAGUGCGCCCUACUCCAAAACAACGGUAAUCUGUUUCGGCGCCACUCUCCUUAGUUUUUUCAUCAUACUUCUACUGAGCAAUACUCGACUUCCCGAAGCAAAUGCUGACAUACCAAAUACAAAUCUACUACAUAGUGUUAUCAAGAUAUUGAAUAGAUACAUGAACACCACCAUCAAUGCUACUUCAAUGCACUCAAGACACCAAGACACAACGAUGACCAGUCCUCUUCUGGAUCUGACAUCCUCAAGCUACAUCCCUCCCUUGGCGCCAAGACGUUCCCUUCUAUGGCUGAUGAUAACCAGCGACUCUUUCAACUCCUCAUUGGACGAGAGAGGAGACGAUCAACAGCCAAUCAGAGGAGACGAUCAACUGCCAAUCAGAAGAGAUGAUGUGCAACCAAUGAGAGGAGAUUUUCGGCAGCUAAUCAGAGGAGAUGAUCAGACAAGAAGAGGAGAUGAUCAACAGUUAAUAAGAGGAGAUGAUCGGGAGUCAAUCAGGGGAGAUGAUCAGACAAGAAGAGGAGAUGAUCGGGAGCCAAUGAGAGGGGAUGAUCGGGAGUCAAUCAGGGGAGAUGGUCAACAGCAAAACAGAGGAGAUGAUCGGCAACCAAUCAGAGAAGAUGAUCAGCAACCAAUCAGACCGUUAUCCGAACAAGCCACAUCACCUCACGGCAUAAGACAUCACGGCAAACACCAUAGAACAAACUCUAGCAAUUUCUGGCAUCGACAUAAGCUCCCUGAUCCCAGAUCCACCACAUCACCAAAUCUGAAUUUCUCUUCCACAACUAUAAACACUGUUACUAUAGUGGAUACAGUUAGUGAUAGUGGAACCAUAGUUGAUUCAGUUAGUGAAAGUUACAAUAAUAGUUUUAGUUAUAGUGAUAGUGAGGUGAAACAGACAACAAUCUGUUACAACACAAACGAAGUGCUUAUUAUUAUUGGACUGACCUGUUUUCUAAACUUUACGUUUAUCACGUUGGUGAUGACGUGUGUACAUUUUUGCAGUGCGGCGGGAAAUGGUAGCAAAGUCGCUGAUUAUCCAAGACUGGAAUCUCUGGUGCUCGGCGACUCCGAACUGAGCAGUAAGCGAACCUCGUCCUCUGGAGGGAACAAGUCUGCACGACCACACAGACAGUACGCCGAUACUCUUCAGACCCAGUCUGCACGAGCACACAGACAGUACGCCGUUGCUCUUCCGACCGUCGUCAGACUCUCUGGUGUCGUUGCAGUCUCUGAGCACCCCGUUCUGUCCACUGCUCAGAGCUAGACCAUCGUUCUACCCUCUAGUUCAGGAGUCAACUUGUUAUUUGGACUGCAAGAUACCUCCCUCACUAUCUAUGGAGAACCUUUUGUUCACUAAUUAGAAGGAGACAAACUAUUUCGGACUGUGUGUAAUCCUAUCCAAAUUUGGGAGAGAAAUAAGAGCACAAGGUUAUCUUAUUUUUUACUCUCCCUAUCAUUUCGAUGGUGUAAUUAUUGUAUGAAUGAAUAAAGAAUGUAGAUGAAACUUAUUUAAAUGAAUAGUGAAGUCGGAUCCCCAAAUACUCUAUCAGUAUCAGCAUUGAGAAAAUAUAGGACAAGAAGAUAUCCCAUGGUAUAGGGCUUUUUGUUCUGAUUUUCAAUGUUAACUCUAGCUGAUAGCCUUAAGUCCUGCACACACACAUCGAUUUUUGUUCGUAUGAUAUUUUUCGGUCCUUAGAAAUUCUAUUAGAUUUAACGGAACUUAACAAACAUCAACUGUUUUGAAAUCAUGUAUUUAAUCUCAUAGAAUUCAUAGGCAAAAUAUCGUAAAAACAAAAAUCAAAAUGUGUGUGUGCAGCUACUUAGUAGAUCUUUUUGGUGAAGCUAUGUGACACUUAUUGUUUCUCAUACUGUGCCGUUCUAACACUCUCAUCCGGCCAAAACAGUAACCCUACAGAGACACACUUACUUUAUGCUAACACAGUAGACACACUAGGGUGUUGAACACCCCAAUUUAAUUUUGCAUUUUUCUUUGAAAAAUGUGAAAAAAAAACAAAUACUUAGACCAUACUCCAUCAUUUCUUAAACAUUUUUGUUCCAAGUACAUACAGAAAUCAAAAGUUAAGCACUGCUUAUCAAUAUUUAUACUAAUUUUAGAAGUACGUAUGUUCCGCCUGAGUGUUGGAGCUCCUAA